UAUAAAACCUAUGCCUGAUAUUGAAGCUUCGUCCGCGUGGGGAGAUCGUCACCGCGUUCGCCCCGCUUCUUAUCCCCUCUCUCUCUCGUAACCGUUGCUUUCUCACUCUAGAAUCCAUCCAUGAGUCUCCCUCUCUCCUCCGUGGUAUAGCCGCCGGAGAAACCCUCGCCGUCGCCUUUUUGGUUAUUGGAGCUUCACAGACCAUGCGUUCCUUUGCCAGUUUUGCCUUUAGCACUCCUCCGAUCUGCAACUUUUCCUCUUUUCCUCGAAUCCUAAUCGGAGCUAAUCACACAGCUGCCCGCUUUUGCUCCCGCUAAUCUCGUUCCACCUCCUUAGAUUCAGGGUCUCUCUCUCUCUUUUGGGUUGAAAAUUGAUCCAGUAAACGAACAUCGAGCUAUUCUUUCGUUCUUUCUUUUGUGGUUUGUUGUUGUUGCUGUUGCUGUAAAGGAGUUUCUACAGUGAGAUAUUAUGGAGCCUCCGACUGGGAAGACGAGCUUCUUACGGAAUAUCAUGGCGCGGGUUCUUCUAUUCGGCGUUGUGAUCAUCGUCGUUCGAUUUGCUUACGUCGUCACCAUCGCCGGAGAAUCAUGCAAUCGCGGGGACUUCUGUUUCUUUUCUCUCCCCGAGAAUCUCAACUUUGUCAUGGCCGGCGCCGAAGUCGGCGUUUCUGCUAUAGUCGGCAACGGCGCCGUCAGAUCUACGCCUGUCGGGUCCCCGGACCAUGAUCUGUACACCAGCAAGGAUUGGGUCAAGGCCGUUCAAUUUUACUCCUCCAUCUUUCAGGAUCUGAUUGCUGAUGGUUACCUCUCGCCGGAUUCGAAUUCGCUGUGUGUAGAAACAGCGGUUGGGCAAGAGGUUUUCGCCUUGAGGGAAAUCGGAGUAAAGGAUUCGGUCGGGAUUUCGAAGAAAGCAUCGCGGCCGCUGGUGAUAAGAGGCGAGGGACAUGCGAUACCCUUCGACGAUAACACAUUCGACUUUGUGUUCUCCGGUGGUGGUCGGCUCGAGAAGUCGCUGAAGCAGUUGGCUUUUGCGGAGGAGAUGGUCCGGACCCUGAAGCCCGAAGGGUUUGCGGUGGUUCAUGUGGGGGCUACAGAUACGUACAGUUUCAAUUCAUUCCUUGAUUUGUUUAAUUCUUGCAAACUAGUGAAGAUGCGUGAUUUAGAAGGUUUUGAUUCUUCGAUGCCUCAUAUAAGAGAAAUUGUUAUUCAGAAACAUGCCGAGAUGGGUGGUCAUCACCGGAAGAAUUCGUUUGAUAUUAGUUGUUCGGUUUCUGGGUACAAAAAAGAUUUGAUCCGAAAUGCAGAGCCACUUAUUACGGAGGAGCCUCUCAAGCCAUGGAUCACGCUGAAGAGGAACAUAAAGAACAUAAAGUAUCUUCCUUCCAUUGUAGAUAUAAGUUUCAAGAGUAGAUAUGUAUAUGUUGAUGUCGGUGCACGAAGUUAUGGGUCUAGCAUCGGAAGUUGGUUCCGCAAAGAGUACCCGAAGCAGAACAAAACCUUUGAUGUCUUUGCCAUAGAAGCAGACAAAACUUUCCAUGAAGAGUAUAAGGUGAAGAAAAAGGUUCAGCUGUUGCCAUAUGCAGCGUGGGUGAGGAAUGAGACGUUGACAUUUGAGAUUAAUCAUGACCCGGGGAAGGAAGUGAAAGCGAGAGGCAGGGGAAUGGGGAGAAUCCAGCCGGUUCAAUCCUCGUCAACCUCUGGAGAUGGUUUCAAUGGGGAGGUGGAUUUGAUUCAAGGUUUUGAUUUCGCGGAGUGGUUGAAGAGCGUGGUGAGAGAGAGAGACUUUGUCGUGAUGAAGAUGGACGUUGAAGGAACUGAAUUUGAUCUAAUACCAAGAUUGGUUGAGACCGGAGCAAUAUGUUUGAUUGAUGAGCUGUUUCUUGAAUGUCACUAUAACAGGUGGCAGAGAUGUUGUCCUGGUCAAAGGAGCACAAAGUACGAUAAGACUUAUGACCAAUGCCUGGAGCUCUUCACUUCUCUUAGACAAAGUGGAGUACUUGUUCACCAGUGGUGGUAAUGGUUGGACCUCGUAGUUAUGUUCUGGAUAACCUCCUUCGGCCAAUAGAUACCUGUAGUUCCUCCUUCAAAUACCAGAAAGAAAAUAUUGUAGGAUUCCAUUUACUGUAAGAGGGUCGGCUGGAAAUGAAAAUCUCAUUGGUUUCGCAUUCUCUUCUCAUAGCCUUCUUAUUGCCUGGGCAUGUAUGGUAGUGGUGUCUUGUUCCCUUGCUGUCUCUUCUGUAAUGAAGUUACGUGAUCUAGUUGUGUAAACGGAUCAGUUAUUAUCGGUCAAAUACCGUGUCAUUUCAGUUA